AUGCUCAGACAAUCUUUCCGCCAAGUGGCCAAGCAGUCCAUCACUGCUGUGAGAAGAAGCUACGCUACCGAGGCUGCCUCGUCUGAUGCGUUGAAGUUGUCGUUGGCAUUGCCUUUCCAGACCUUAUACGCCGACUCCGAGGUGCAACAGGUCAAUUUGCCCUCGGUCAAUGGAGACUUGGGUAUUUUGGCCAACCACAUUCCCAUUGUCGAGCAGUUGAGACCCGGUUUGUUGGAGAUUAUCACAAAAGGCGGCGAGACCGAACAGUACUUUGUUAGUGGGGGAUUGGCUAUGGUCCAGCCUGGUAACAAGUUGACUAUAAGCGCAAUCGAGGCUUUCAAGCCCGACCAGUUUGACCCUAGUGCAGUCAAGACUUUGAUUGCCGAUGCUCAAAAGAGAGCCGAGUCGGGGGAUGAGAAAGUUGCUGCUGAAGCUAAUAUAGAAUUGGAAGUUUUAGAAGCUUUGCAACACGUUGCCAAGUAA